AGCCCUCGCCUUGUCCACCACUUGCUCCCACUGCACUGCUUCCAAACAUGGCAGACGCACUCCCCUCGCCCAUUCCCCAGCCCGAGGCAACCCACGCCGCCUCGGUCUUCACUCCAAUCAACCUGGUCCUCCUCUCGCUCUUCGGUGCCCUGGUCUAUCUCCGUCUCAAGCCCUCGACUCCCCAGACUCUUCCACGCGCUCCGCCCCCAACCGUUUUCCGUACCUUUACUCCACCCUCGCUGUUUCCCUAUAAUGGCCUCAACAAUAUGCCAGUCUAUCUAGCUGUCCGCGGACGUGUCUUUGACGUCACCCCUGGUCGCAACUUCUACGGCCCUGGUGGCCCCUACGCAAACUUUGCUGGCAGGGAUGCCUCGAGAGGCCUGGCCUGCGGCAGCUUCGACGAGGAUAUGCUAACCAAGGACCUGGACGGCCCCCUCGACACGCUUGAGGGCUUGGAUGAUGAGCAGAUGGACGCACUACGAGGCUGGGAGGAGCGAUUCAGUGAAAAGUAUCUGGUUGUGGGCAAGCUAGUACCCGUGGGCCACCCGGAGGCUGAGGAGGCCAAGGCUUAGGCUUGGGCACUUGCCAAUGCGAUGCGACAUUUCGUGCUACCAUGGAUGGAAAAAACAAGUAGGACAAUUUACUGGGCUUCGAGAAAACCUCAAGCCAUGACAGUUCUGACCCGGGCUAAUCAAGCCGAGUGUAGACAGCGAGUCAUAGACUGCUAUCAAACACAAAGUAUACAUUUAGAAAAAGUUGCUGUUGCCAAAAGACAUGCUGAAUUCAUAAAUCCCGACCUGGAUAUCCUUAA